AUGGCUGCUGUCUCGGUUUGUUUCACUACUCCCACUUUAUACCCUGCGCUAACAAGCCUCCUCAAGUGCACAUUCAACCUGAAAGUGGGCACGCUAGCUGUCAGGAAAUUCCGGUCCAUGUGGGCAUAUAUACCGAGUACUCUAGCUGCAUUUUCAGCAUCUUCCCCGAAAAAUCUGUACUUAUACCCGACCUCAAUCAUCAGGAGCACGUCCGGGUACCUAUUCUUGAGCUCGACCACUUGUUGCUCCAAUGGCGUGUACUUGGGGUUUGGAAUCUGCGAGCAAUUGGUGUUUCUGGAAGGUUCGAGGAGGUCCUGGGGAGGUUCCAGAAGCUUGUCGAGGAAUUUUCGAUGGAGGGUGGGGUUGGGUAGGGGUAUUAAAUUGGGGGUGUUGCUGGGUGAGGCCGGGUGGCUGAGCUUUUGGGGCUUGUUGUGGAGGGCGUUGAGCUGGCCGGUACGGAUUCGUUUGGCCGGGGAAAAGGAGACGGUGGUGGCGAUUUUGGGCGGUGGGGUGGAGGGCGGGUUUUGCGGUUGCGGCGGGCCGGGGGUGGCGUCGGCGGAGGGUUUGGGCGCGAAGAAGCGGGAGAUGACUUGCUGCUUCUGCUUGCCCAUGGAGAUGUGGCGACGGCGGGAACAGGCGGCGGCGCCGGUUCGUGGCGGUGGUUUUCGCGGUUGUUUGGCGGCUCACGGCUCUUCGAGCUUCGCGCCUUUCGCGAAAAAAUCCAGUUUGUCCACCUCCGACAGCUGCACGUUCGCAUUUCGACGGCAGAUGAGUGCGCUGGCGAUGAAGGAGGCGCGUGAAAAAUGCGAUCGCCGCAAAUUGUGCAGAAUUGAAUUCGGCGACAUGAUAAUGUAA